UCCAAGUCUCUGGUGCCCGAGCCUCCUCCGCGGCUCCCCGUCCCCUCUGCCCGCCAGGAGAGCGUGCAGAAGUGGGAGCACCGGGCUGUGCGCGCACGGCUCUCUGCUUCCUUCUCGCCCCGCCACAGCGCUUGCUCCCACUCUGCCUUCUCCCGCUCACUGUGCCCCAGCCCGGACUCGCACCUCGCCUGUGCCCUUCACUCGCUCUUCCGCGUGAUUUCCCCGCGGUCUUUCUCUACCAACUGGGAAUGCUAAAACAGGCCUGAUGGACGUGUCAGAACUCUGCAUCCCGGACCCCCUCGGCUACCACAACCAGCUGCUGAACAGGAUGUCCGCAGACGACCGGCACCUGACCUCCAGCUGCGGCUCCUUCAUCAAGACGGAGCCGUCCAGCCCGUGCUCGGGCAUCGACGCCCUCAGCCACCACAGCCCCAGCAGCUCGUCGGACACCAGCGGCGCCUUUGGCCUGGCCCUGGGCGCCCACGCCAACGGUCUGGACUCGCCGCCCAUGUUUGCCAGCGCCGGGCUGGGAGGCACCCCGUGUCGUAAGAGCUACGAGGACUGUGCCAGCGGCAUCAUGGAGGACUCGGCCAUCAAGUGCGAGUACAUGCUGAACGCCAUCCCCAAGCGCCUGUGCCUCGUGUGUGGGGACAUUGCCUCUGGCUACCACUACGGCGUGGCCUCCUGCGAGGCCUGCAAGGCCUUCUUCAAGAGGACCAUCCAAGGGAACAUCGAGUACAGCUGCCCGGCCACCAACGAGUGCGAGAUCACGAAACGGAGGCGCAAGUCCUGCCAGGCCUGCCGCUUCAUGAAAUGCCUCAAAGUGGGGAUGCUGAAGGAAGGUGUGCGCCUUGACCGAGUGCGUGGAGGCCGCCAGAAAUACAAGCGACGGCUGGACUCGGAGAACAGCCCGUACCUGAGCUUACAGAUUUCCCCACCUGCUAAAAAGCCCUUGACCAAGAUCGUCUCCUACCUGCUGGUGGCUGAGCCAGACAAGCUGUAUGCCAUGCCUCCCGCCGGCAUGCCUGAGGGUGACAUCAAGUCCCUGGCCACUCUCUGUGACCUGGCGGACAGAGAGCUCGUGGUCAUCAUUGGCUGGGCCAAGCACAUCCCAGGCUUCUCGAACCUCUCGCUGGGGGACCAGAUGAGCCUGCUGCAGAGCGCCUGGAUGGAGAUCCUCAUCCUGGGCAUCGUGUACCGCUCGCUGCCCUACGACGACAAGCUGGUGUACGCGGAGGACUACAUCAUGGACGAGGAGCACUCCCGCCUCACGGGGCUCCUGGAGCUCUACCGGGCCAUCCUGCAGCUAGUGCGCAGGUACAAGAAGCUCAAGGUGGAGAAGGAGGAGUUUGUGACGCUCAAGGCCCUGGCCCUGGCCAACUCAGAUUCCAUGUACAUCGAAGACCUGGAGGCAGUCCAGAAGCUGCAGGACCUGCUGCAUGAGGCACUGCAGGACUAUGAGCUCAGCCAGCGCCACGCGGAGCCGCGGAGGACGGGCCAGCUGCUGCUGACGCUGCCCCUGCUGAGGCAGACGGCCGCCAAGGCUGUGCAGCACUUCUACAGCAUCAAACUGCAGGGCAAGGUGCCCAUGCACAAACUCUUCCUGGAGAUGCUGGAGGCCAAGGUCUGACGGCCUAGGACGCAGACAGACUCCCACCUGUGGACAGACAAAUGGAUGGCCCAAUGCAGAGACCUCCACAGCCACCAGCCUCGCCCUUCCAGCCCUGUGUCAUGGCCUUGGGCAGUCCCAGAAGAAGGGGCUUCUUGCCUCCAGGCUGUGUGCAGAGUCCUGGGUGCUGUGAGACAGGGGAAUGGGGGUGGGGGGUGGGGCGUGGGGCUCAUCUGAAACUGGCUUUUUCUUGGGUAUGUUUUUCCUUCUCCAUGGGCAGUGCUGACGCCUGGGCCAGGGCUGACUUCCCUGAGACUGGAGACCGCUGAGGAAGGGCCCCCUCUCCCCACUGGACCACCGAGAGGUAGCUUGAACAGUUCCUGGCCCCACCCCCUCCCCCACCCCCGGCCUGGUGGGCAGUGCUAGGGCCCAGAGCUCAGGCACACUCAGGUUGGAUACCACCUGGUGGCGUUCCUUCUCAGAGGGCAGGUACUCCCUCCCAGAAGCCCUGCCUACUCUGUGGGUCCCUCGGUCUCUCAAGGGGCCCCGUGCCUUCGACAGUCCAGCCGCCCCUCCUUCCACACUUUGCCUCAGCUGUGCACACGCCCAGCUCCUGGGAGACUCACCAUCGGGAGAGUAGCUGCAAGAACUGGCACAUUUUCAUGGGCACCCCAGCGCUCAGUGCCCCCCGUCUGCCUGUCCUCCUCCUCCUCUUCACCCCCAGGAGCCCCCCUGCUACUUCCUGGCCCUCCCUCAGAGCUUGCUCAGACUGUGCUUCCGCCAGCCACCAUGGCCAGGGGCUAUAGCGGGAAUAGUGCUGGCCCCCAGAGGAGCUCCCCAGAGCCCCCCUUUCUCCUUGCUCCUUGCCCUCCCCCUCCCUCUGUCAGCCUUUGGGGCAGGUCCAGAGCACAUGGUCUGCGGGAAGUGGAGAUGCGGAGGGCCCUGACCCCAUCUGGGGCGCCUGGGCACUAAGAUUCCAGGCUGGGAGGAUCUGGGCAGAAUGGGGGGAGGCCCAAACCAAUCUCUGCUGAGCGCAGAAAAGCCCAGAAGCAGAUAAGCAGACGGGGGAAACCUGAAGACAGGGAGCUCAGUGGGAGCCACCAGCCUCUCUGACCCACCCUGCUUCCAUGCACAGUGGACACCUGGACACCCCGUCCCCGCAUGGUGUGCACGGGUGGCCCAGGGCAGCUUGGAGGCUCUCCCAAGAAUGGAAGAUGCCUUUCCCAGCAGCCAACUUCUAAAGCAAGUAUCAGAGCCACCCCAUCUGGGACACUUUUCACCUGGGACAUGCACACCCUUUCUAACCCAACCUCCCGUCACCUGGAGAGGCAAGCAGAUCCCCACCACCCCUCGCUAGGACACCAGGAGGCCAGGGGCCCUCAUCCACAGCCCCCUGGGCUUUCCAAGGCUGGCGGCUGUUGCUGGUUCCGCCUCCCCGUCUUUCUGGACAGACACCAGCUCUCCAGACAGCAGGGCUGGCUAAGACCCAGCAGCUGCAGAGUGGCCGGCUGACGUCCUCGCAUAGGAAAUAUCAAGGGUCCCAGUGACAUGUGCCCCCCUCCACUCCCCGUUGGCUCUGGGGAAACCAAGCCCACAGUCACUUGACAGUCACCAUUGGAAUUACAACUGAUCCAGGAUGCUCUAUCCCUAGCUCCGUGUGGGUCCCCAUUGUCCUUCAUCUGGGAGGGCACCUCCUCAGCAUCAAGGAACUGGGGCAAAGCCCAAAUCCAACCUAACCAUGAGUGGCCGUGCCCGGGGUCUGAACUGGAAAACUCUCAGUGAGAGAACCGGGGCCUGCCUCUCCCUGGGCUGCAUGCUGCAGGCCGUGGGGCAGUCGGUGGCAUCUCAUACCUGGGUGCCCUGCUCGGUGCAGCGUCACUUUCUGCUCAAGCAUGAGGACCACAUGGCGGGGCUUGUGUCCGCUGGCAUUUGCAGUCCAUCUUUUCCGAGAACAGCCUCUCCAGCUACCGGUGCAGCAACCGGCCUGGAGCGGGCGGGUGCUCUGUAGGUGGCGCAGCUUUGCCUCGCUGUACCUGGCAGCAGAGCCCCUUUCUAGCAGCGGGCGCAGAGGGCCUGAGGCCUUGGUGCCAAUGAGGUGGAUGCUGCUGAUGCUCUUACUCUAAAAAAAGCUUAGAGCAACAGGAAGCAUAUCGGUAACAACGGGAACGCCACUCGGCGGGAGAGGUCCGGGCCCGUGUCGAUGGAGCCCCGAUAUUCAGGGAGCCCGUGUAGGGGCCAACUCCUUGGUCAGAAGCCCCUCCAGCUCUGGGGCCUCCCUGGGAGGAGGGGGGCCCUGGCUUAGUGGGGAGAUGGUGAAGUGAGGAGAGGUUAGGAUACCCCCCCACACACACACAAAAACAGGACAGAACUCAAGUUUUACCCCCAAAUCUGCUGUUCCUGGAAAACCUGUAAAGCGGAAAUAGCCCUUCGCAGUUGUAUCCUCAUGACACAGGCCGUUGAAACAAACCAAGAAAUAAAGUGUACAAAUCCGACGGUGGAGAAGGUGGUUGUGGCUGGGUUUUGUUUGGCCCCCGUGUCCUCACCCUUGCUAAAGCUUCCAGACUGGUUUUAUCCCACUGGGACCUUGGAAAGAGGUGCCCAGGUUUUGUGCACGGGAAACCUCGGCUGCCUCCCAGGGCACAGGGGCGGAGCCCCGUAGGAGGCUCUCACAACCGGGGUGGGGUGCGGGGUGGAAGGCCAUGGCGAGGACUCAGAGGAGCUGGAAUCUGCAUGCACCCCUGUGUCGGGGCUGCCCUCCCCUCCAGCUGCGCCCCUCCCCUCCCCUGUGCAGAUGGGAGAAGUGCCAGCGGGGGUGGAGGCGGCCCCCCUAGAGCAGGAAGACAGGGGGCCCUGCCCAUGGAACAGCACCAAAGUAAAGCACUAUGUGGAGAGAUUGUUUUAUUUUCUAAUAAUGAUAAUGUGGCUGGAAUGGCUUCUUAAAUGUAUAUAUUUUUAAAAAUGGCAGCCCCUCAUUGCAUCACCCACCUGUACGGAUUUCCUCCUCUGCCUGUGUCUCCCAGAGACCCCCAUGUAAGUGCACCACCCGAGGAUUCUCCGGUCCCGGUCCCGUGUAUCUGGAAUCCAA